CCACCACCAAUGGUAGCAGCGGCGGCAGUAACAGCGGGCCGAGCGCCGCGACCGGUCAGCGUCAGGGGCGGCCCGCAGACGGUAAACUGAUGACGUACACCUCCCUGCCGCGGGCCAAAAUCGAGUACUGUCCCGAGACGGAGACGGGAUCGUCACGGAGCAAUAUCCGCGGCCGCGGCGCCGGAGCGGGUCUCAGGGAGGAGCGGUGCUCGUCUCCAAAACCGCCCAUUCACCCCGGCGGUAAAUCGCGCCCCGGGGUCAAAUCGGCCGCUUCAACCAGACGUACCGCCGGCACAGGCACGCUGAGAAAUGGCUCACCAGCCGCGAGAGACACGGAAUCGACAGCCAACGGUCGGACGAAGACAGCUGCUCAGACAGACCGGCGGCCAGGUCUGACUAUCGACACCAGAAACAAACCUACUCGGCGAGAAACGGCAAACAGCCCUCGGCCGGCGACAGAGAACGGAGCUCGACCGGGCAGAGGCGCGCCCUCGCCCGGUUCGUCAGCACGCUCCACGCCCAACUCGUGCCCCAUCUCGCCCCAAUCCAGCCUCAGUCCCAGCAGUCCGAGGGACUCACCGCGAUCGUUCCGCUUCUCCGGGAAUAAAUACUCGUCCGGUAUUCCAACACGGCGCAGCAACGGGGCUGACUCUGUGGGCGGGACAGAGUCCCCGACGAGCGGCUCUUCCAUCAACCUCAGUGACAUCUCCGGCCUCAGCGCGCUCACCAGUCCUGAGUCGAGCACGAACGGUGGUCCAACCCAGUCGAGCGCCUCGCGAAAUGGUCGAAAACUGCAAAAACCCAGUGAGCAGCCGACAGCGCGAAACGGCGCCGCCACCGCUGCUCCGGCGCUCAGCAAAAACACGUCCAAAACAUGGAUCGGCUCGGAGCGUCGCGGCGGCAGCGUGGGCUCGCCGCUGUGUCGCUCCCAGGAGAGUGUGGCCAGUGGUGUGGGCUCGGACAGUGCGCCGGCCUCACGCACCGCCAGCCAGAGCUCGCUGCACGAGCCCGGCCGGCUACGGCGGCCGAGAGCCACGCCCGGCCGGCUGGACGCCGGAAAAUUCGGCUCCAGGUCGAUCACAACCAUCCGAGCGAGAAAUCUGAGCAAAGGCUCAUCCGGCGAGAGGGAGAAGGAAAAUGAGCCCAGGCAGACGGCGGCCGGCAGAGCGGGAAAGCUCACCGAUGCUACCAGCACGAAAACAACCAACAAAAACGGUCUGAACAGCGUUCCCGACACGCGGUCCAAAGCGGCUCCAACUGAGAAAGGAACCGGCACCGGUAGCGAUACGCCAGCAAACAAGUCUAAGGUGAAGGUUCAGCGAUCUCUCAGUCUCCAGUCGGCGGCCAAACCGAGCCUGCCGCCCAAACCGUCCCACCUGCGGCCGCCGGCGGCGCUCGGCGCGGGCCGGCCUGACCCGCUCACCUCCCUGCCCAAUAUACAGGGGCUCGGCACCGAUACGUGGCGACCCGCCGACAACGACACGUGGCCGUCACGUGCCGAGCAGCAGCGCAGCUCACGUGCCGAGGCCGGCUCGGAGCCGUCUCGGCGGCUCGGCUCGUCUAGCUCCCGCCGGGCCGGCCGCGCCGCCUCCCGCGCCGCUCCAGACGACAAUAGGGACGGCCGCGCCAGGGAUGCGUCCCCUUCUGCGCCACCCAGCGCGCCGGCCGAGCGCCAUUCAAGCUCCGUCGAGCGGCGGCGCCGACCGGACACUUCCAACGUGCCGGCGUACAAAAACCGCCGCGAUCCGGCGCCGCGCCCGGACCCGACAUUCCGAUCAGAGGAUGAGACACUGUCGGCCGAGGGGCGGCAGAGGAGCGGGGUACAGCAGCUCGGCUCCAUUCACAGUCCCUCGGACCGGGAGCCGGAGUCUGAGCCGGGCCGGAGCCGGGAGCCGGAGCCGGAGCCGGCGCGGCCUCUCUAUCGUCAGAGUCCGGACGGCCGGCGCAGCAGCGGCGCCGGCUCCCUCACCAGCCGGGACACGGACACCUGUUCAGACAGCGGAUCCAUCUGCCUGCCGGUCCCGACCCCGCCGAGGAAGCAGAGCGUCGACAAGGCCGUCUACUCGAGUGUGAUCCACGUGAAUGGUACAGAGGACGGCCUGGUGACAAACCGUACCCGACUGCAGCGAUAUGUGGACGCCGGCGAGCAGGUUCAGGCAACAAUCCAGGGCCAGAAGGACGCCCAGAACGAGAACAAAGUCCGCCUCUCGCUCAACGUCGACGGCGACUUUCUCAACAACCAGUUCGACGCCAUCAUCGAGACGCUGAAGCAGGUGGCGGCUUCCGUUCAGGAGCAGGGUAGCCGACCGGCCUCCGUGGCCAUGACGUCCCGCAACUCGGACCCCAUCUACGCCGAGAUCCGCUCACCGCGCACACCGGUCGGAGCGUUAUCCCCGGAGCCGAUCUACAGUGAGGUACGGUCUCCGGUACCGGUGCGUCCCGGAAGCACACCAACCUCCCCGACCCGGGCGCCGCCGCUGCCGCCGCCGGUCACACCCAGAACGCAGGCAGAGAAUGACGCCUUCUUCGACAGCUCGCCGACACUGGACGAGCUGGCCAGAAAGCUACAUGCCGACGCCAGGCACCUGGAUGACGACUGUGACUAUGUCAACUUCCACGACCUCGAGUCGCCGUACCGCACUCCGCCGCCGGUGGCCCCACAGGCCAGUCAGCUGAUCGCCGGCAGACGAGGCGCCGACGCGACUCCGCACCCAGACUACGGCAGUCUGCCGUACUCGCGCAACCUGGAGUCGGUCCAGGAGUGCUCGGAGAACGGUUCGAGACCUGACUCGCGCGACGGGCCGGCCAGCUUCGAGCGGCUGCAGCGGGAGGCCAAGAAGGCGCUGUCCCGCAGUCUGAGCGACAAGGGCGCGCCGCCGCGGCCGGCGCUGUCCGUGUAUCGCGCCGGCUCCGAGUGCGGGGACGACUCGGCGCGGUUCGGCACGCGCGGAGAGCUCGGGGCUCCCCGCUCGGAGCGCAGCAGCUGCCAGUUUCUGGACAGCGACGGGUCAGUGUUCUCCUCAACGUCAGACGUGUGGACGGGCCGGGAUCUGGAGAGUGCCAUCCACACCCUGGUCGGCGGCGGACUGGGAAAAACACGCACCCGCAGCACGGGCAGUGAGACGGCGGCUGAGCCGCGCAAACCCAAAAUCAAAGAGUCCACCUCGUCGUCGUUCCUGUCGCGUGACUCCAAGCUGCGAGGCUUUGUGCGUAACGGCUGGCGAGUGGGCACCCGCCGCAGUCACAGCUCUAGUGACGACUGCCGAGACUCGACCAUCACCAUCGACGACUUCAUCGCGUCGCUGUACGGCCAGCAGGGGGUCUCACUGGAGGCCCUGGGGCCACACGCACCUACCGAAACACGAAACCGAUCCGAGUCGGAACGACGCGCACCGACCGCGCCGUCAGCCUCGACGGCAUCGACGUCUUCAACGCACACUCGCGGUCGGAACGCGAGGAGUAACAGCAUCACGGGCACGGAGCCGGGCGGGAGCCGGGGCCGUCCGCCGUCCGACGAGCCGCAGAUGGAGGAGGAGGGCUUCGGGCGCGACUCGCCCGUGCCGCAGCAGAGGUCCCUGUCGCUGCCCAAGACGUUCCUGGCCGAGCGGUACGGCCUGGCCGGAUUCAAGGCGGCCAUUCCCAGCGUGCUGUUCCCAUGGCGGAGAGGGGACUCGAACCGCGCCUCCGGCCGCAGCAGCGUCGGUGACCCGGACACGGCUGAGGACACGAGGAGCGUGUCCAGCGCAAAGAUGGACGGCUCGACCGGAGCCGAGCGACGCCGUCCGGGCGUGAACAAGACGCAGAGGCAGCUGAAGACCUCCAGCUCGCCGGUGCUGUCCGGCAGGCGGGGCAGCACGUCCAACUCGGAGUGGGACGUCAGGAGGACCUGGUCCCUGUACGGAGACCAGGACGCUGACAUGCUGUCAGCCAACUCUGAGGCCUCUGUGUCACCGCUGCCACCUGAUGAGGAGAUGGUGACGGGACCCAGGUCUCUGCAGACCAAUCCAGGUGCACCAUCCCCCACCCCCAGCUCAGAGAGCGUCUUGCAGAAAUUCCGUAAAAGCUUCAGUUUACGGUUCUACAAGCGGGGCGUGGCGAGCGCGGAUCCUGCGGCGCCUUCCCGCGGCCGGCCGCCGGCCGCCGGUCGUCCCGACGAGGACGACGAUGAGGACGACUGUGACGACUGCGAGGACUGUGACGAGGACGACGGAGGUCCUCGCGCCGGCGGAGCACAGGGAAGGCGUGCCGACAGGUCCGUGGAGAGAGCGGACUGCGCGGCCGGAGAGGAUGACCCCAUGGACGGCGGACUGAGAUUGCCCCGCGCGUGGCGCUCCAGCAAGGAGCGGCGCCGGCGGCUCAAGAAGGAGGCACGCAGCGCCAAGUGUUCGAGCGCUGACAGCGGCGACAGCGGAAUUCAACUGGAGACGGCGGCGGCGGCCGGGAUGGCCGACAGUCCCGGCGUGCGGCGGAGGCUGCGCAGCACCACAGACGCAGAGGAUGCAUCGUCAGAGCCCCGCAGGGAGAAGAGACCCCUUUCGGAUAUAUCAGGCAGCUCCAUCAUUGAGGAAAUCAAGGCCGGUCUGCAGAGCGAGGUGAAGCGUCGCAGUAAGCUGGUGCGUCGCACCCACUCGGACUUGGGCUCGGACCUGGUGCGCGGCUACAGUCGUCAGAUGUCCCAGCCGGCGCCGAUCACAGAGCACCCGGCCUCGGCGGCGGACGGCCGGCGGCCCCACCACCACCACCGGCUCAGAAAGAGCCUGGGCCGGGCGCGCGGCGCCUCCCGCCUGCGCCGCUCGCUCUCGGACCCCAGUGUGGCGCCCUCUCCACCGCGGCAGCGCCGGCCGCCGCCGCCCGCCGCCGGCCACGCUACCGACGACGACGCCAUCUCUGAGUCGGACGAGGAACUACUGUCGGACGAUGAGAGCCGCCGCAGGCCGCAGCACCUGGUGCGCACGUUCGAGCCGGCCGAUGACUCUGUGGUGUACGCCGAGGCCCACUGGGACUACAUCACCCUCGACCCCGAGGAGCUGGCCUUCAAGGCCGGCGACGUGAUCGAGGUGCACGACUGCUCCGACCGGCACUGGUGGUUCGGCGCACACCAGCAGAACCAGGGCUGGUUCCUGGCCGCAUUCGUGCGGCUACGAGUGAGUCAGGAGGAGACGGUUGAGGAGACACUGGACGCCAUCCGGUCCGGCGCCGCCCGGCCGCAGCUCAGUCGCAAACAGUCUGUGUCGCUGCUGUCACACGAUCAGGUGCGCGCCAAGGUGGUGAUGGAAAUCCUCAGCUCCGAGCGCGCCUUCGUGCAGGACGUCGGCAACGUCAUAGAGGGCUACCUGCGCCAGGUGGUGCGCCGGCGGGACUUGUUCACCGACGAGCACGUCACCACCAUAUUUGGCAACAUCGAGGAGCUGCACCGGUUCCAGACGGAGUUCCUGCGGCGACUGGAGAGUCGGGUUGACCGCGCCCGGCCACACGCCAGCUGCAUCGGGGCCGCCUUCGUCGAGUUUCAACACGGUUUUUCGAUAUACGCCGACUACUGCAACAACCACCCGUCGGCGGUGUCGGAGCUGCAGCAGCUCUACCAGAACAACCGCUACAUCCACUUCUUCGAGGCGUGCCGCCUGCUGCGCGACAUGAUCGACAUUUCUCUGGACGGCUUCCUGCUGACGCCCAUCCAGAAGAUCUGCAAGUACCCGCUGCAGCUGGCCGAACUGCUCAAAUAUACUAAGACGGAUCACCCGGACUACGAGCACGUGCGGCAGGCGCAGGCCGUGAUGAAGGCGGUGGCCAUGGGCGUCAACGAGUCCAAACGACGCAUGGAGAGCCUGGAGAAGCUGGCAGCCUGGCAGAUGAAGGUCGAGGGAUGGAUGGGUCCGAACCUGUUGGACACCAGCUCGGAGCUGAUCCACCAGGGCGAGGUGACCAAGCUGACCUCGUCCAGCUGGUCCAAGGAGGUGUGCACGCUCUUCCUGUUCGACCACGUGCUCAUCUACUGCCGCAAGGACCUGCUGAAACGGAGCGUGCAGCAGUUCCGCGGCAGGAUCAACCUGGAUACGGCGCACGUGGUCGACCUCACUGACGGAAAAGACGAGUUCUCCGGAGCGACGGUGAGGAACGCGAUCCGUGUUCACUCGCAGCUGAAGAACAAGUGGUACGUCUUCUGCUGCAAGUCCGAGGACGAGAAACUGCGCUGGAUGCUCAAAUUCCGGGAGGAGCGGAUACGGGUGUGUCGGGACCACGAGAACGGCUUCCGGGUGUCUGAUAAAUUCCGCCGGCUGGCCCAAAUUGCCGCCAGAAAUCACCAGAACACGCCGAAAAAGCCCAAAACCCAGCACCCCCGUUGCCGGCGUCCCAUGACGCUCUCCCAGGCAGAGCUGGUGCUCAGUGACGCCAGCCCAUCCCCGGCUCCCAGUCAGGAGAUCGUCAAACGCAAAGGCACUUGGUUCAGCUUCGGCAACAGUAAGAAGCGCAGUCGGGCAGCGCCGCACAUCAUUCACCAGCACCAGCUGGUGUAGGUGACCCGUCUCCAUGACAACGAGCAGCCACGCUCGUCGGCGCGGCCCGGCGCAGAAGCUGUGGUGCCUUCGGCGGCCGCCAGGUGUCACUGGCGCGCCGGACCGUGGAUCAGCUCCAUCCCUCAAUCUGUGAUCGCCACUGUGUAUUUGAGAUUGUCGUUGAUCAUGCAAUAUUUAUGGACUCUGUAUGAUUGGUGGACUUUUGAUAGUGACAAGCCGCAUGUGCUAGAGUUUUUACAUAUUUGCAUGUCGUAACAUGUACUGCCCUAACCGACCGACCUUUGUCGUCUUUUAUUGUUCUUUUUGCUCCGUCUGCUGUAAAUAAACAACUCAGGGCGCGCUA